AUGAACGAAGCCCUGCAAUCCCCCUGUGAAGCAAAGCUGAUUUCUGCCUAUCUUGUAGACAAGGGGGCGGCAGUUGCCUGCAGUGAGCCCCACUCCUUCUCCAGCAGGUUCCUGCACCAGAUCCUUCAGAUGAGUUCAGUCAAGUUCCUGCUGAAGAUCCUUCAGAAAGCAUCAGCCUGGAUUGGAUAUGUGAUCCCUGUGGAGACCGUUGUCAGCAAGGUCUACCCCUUGCAGUCUCCCAGGCCCAGAAGACUUGCCAGGAAGUGCCGGGGGAAACUGAGGGGCUUUGUCCUCUCCAUCAUCCCCACCAGGAUCCAGAACAUCCUGGGCUAUCAGCCAGCAGACUGGAGCCAGAGCAAUGUGCCCAGAGAGAUCCAAGAAGCCCUGAUCAACUCUUCUAACAAAGCAAACAAGAGGAAGUGGGAUGACCUAGGUUGGGAGGAGGAGGAUUCCUUGUUGCUAGAACUGGAAAGGGACCUGUUAGAAGAUGACUCUGAAGAUCUCACAUACAAGCCCUCAGAUGUAGAAACAGAUAGUGAGGAGUAUGAGACCCAGAAUGACACUGAGGCAGACCUGGAGUUUGAAGAGCAGGAUGGGAUUGUUAUGCUGAAGGAGUCGUUGGAUCUCCAGGUGGAGAACAUAAAACCUGCCAAUGUUAAUGAUGCCCCAGAGCUGCUGGCUGCAAGCACAGAGCCAGGACCAGAGGAUUCAGCUGUGUCCAGCAGUGAAGAAGAUGCUCCAACUGUUGACAGUGGCAAUGAUGAUACCCAGAAGCCACAAGCAGACGUGAGCAGUAGGGAUGGCAGUGGGCAGGAAGCUGAUGCAGAGUAUGAUGACAGCAGCAGUUUGUCACACUGCGAGGAUAAGCAGGAAAACUGA